CAACUUCCCAACCAACACCCCAGCUCCAAGCCUCAUGGUAAACCUUCCUGUGGCGCUAGGUAGCAAACUUGCUGAAAACACGUAUAUGGUGUUGACUCUGACCCAUAUCGGACGAACAUGGCUUUAUCCGACACACACGAGCAUCUGCCAUCCCAAGCUAACGAUGAAAUUGGUGAAGCGGGACCAUCCAGUGGCAUGAAGCGCUUAUUAUGCGCCGAGCCCCUUGACGCAUCACCAAGCCGCUUCCCAAGGAAAAGCCUGUCGCUUGGGCUGUUCGUAUCUUGGCAUACGCUGGCAUCAAAGUCACGACAUCAUUGCCUAUCAUUGAAAAGAUUGUCCGGAGUCGAGGAGCUUCAGGGCCUUGCGCGCGACCUCAUGCAACGAGCCUUCUCGCCCGGCAGCUUGCCGCCUCACCUGGGCUCCCCCGCGUCAUCGCGCCUGUACUACCACUUCACACCCGAUAUGGAAUGCCUGAGCCUCCCCUCUGACGUGGCCCGUACGACACUCAAGUUGGUUGUAACGUACGACGGUUGGGAGUACGUUGUGUACGAACGACCGUUACGUUCGGGCGCACCUUUAGCGGACGAUGCUGAUACGCCGUUGCUGGUCACGGUGGUGGAGUUUGAGAGUACGGCACUUGUGAUCGGGCACCUGGGCAUUCGAGUGCAACUUGUGUCGUAUCCCAUGGUCUCCGUUCGCAAGGACUUUAUUGACGACAUAGACUUCCGGCUUCGAACCGACCCGGAUAACUUCAAAGGCAUCCUCAGCUGAUGCGCGCUACCUGCGCGACCUGCCUGGGAAGCAAGUAGGGAGAAGCAAGAGAGAACAUGGGAGAGGACGAGGAAGAGCAGCGGGAUAAAGAGCGAGAAGCGCAUGGGAAAAGGCAGCAGGCGGUGGACCCUUCGACCGAGGGCUGCUUGUCCGCAGCAUGUACCUCCGCGGUCUACCUCCCCGCCCAGUGUCGGACCCCGCCUCAUGCAGUACGUAUGCAUGGGUUGUAUGCGCCCACGGGAGUUCCCAUCCCUCAGUCAUGGGCUGCUGACACGGAAAAUGGCUUUGCUGGGCUCCGAACCCGGUGCAGCCAACCCACACCAGCAGACAGAAACUCAAGGAUUAAAAUUUAUACACAAUGAGUAACCGCUGGGUGGUAGCUAGCUAGGGUAGCAGCAGUUGAACGACUGGCGAGGCGACGACCGCAGCAUCUGGUACAGGCGGUAAAUGAAGAUGGCAAGAGGCGAUAUGGCCCGACAGAGGAUGGUAACGGCGCGUAGCAACUAGCUGGACCGCAGCCAACCGCAGCUAACCGCUACCAACCAACCAACCAGCUGCCCAGCCCACCUGCUCGGACCGUAGCUGCCUGCUGGUGUGCCUACUGUCAACGUGGGGGGACCCAUGGGACCCUUCCCUCAGCAGGGGGCUCCGGUUUUUGCAGCAGCAGCGGCAGCAGCGGUGCAGCAGCAGCAGCAACAACAACAGCUCCUCCCCUUCCUGCACCUGCUGCAUUGGUGACGGCUUGUGCUUGGAGCAAUGUAGAAGUAAUGGUGGAGUGGCCGGCCGGCCGGCUGGAUGGCUGGCUUGAAUGAUGCCCGGCGGAGCCGAGGAGGGAUGGAGCGCGAGCAUGGAUGGAUGCAUGGAUGGAUAGAGGAGCGCGAGCUGUUGUCAUCUGCUGACGUAACUGUACGAUACUGUGACAUACACUGUAAGAGUAUCCUGAAGAGGCAACUGACGUUGGAAAAAGGUUGUAAUGAUGAUAGGUGCUGAUGCGGUUGAGUGCAGAUUGCUAAGAUAGAAUGGCAGAUGGGCCGCUUUAGUGCGGCUCACACGGGCAUGCAUGUCAGCGUGUGACUGCAUGGUUAGUUAGAGACUGGUGAACCGUGAACAGCAAGCGGCGUACAAAACGGAUUGAGCCACGGCACUGUACUGGUGUGUUAAAAUAAAUGGCCGCGAGGCGAAACGUACUGUGAUUGCCGAAAGAUGGAGUCCUGGUGUGUGUUAAAAUAACUGGCCCUGGUGUGUGUUAAAAUAAAUGGCCGCGAGGCGAAACGUACUGUGAUUGCCGAAAGAUGGAGUCCUCCCUGGUGUGUGUGUGUGUGUGUGUCAAAAUAAGAAACUGGCCGCGAGUAGGUGUGUGUCUGUCUGUGUGCCUUAUGGCAUGGCAAGCAACGUAGCUGUGGCAGGCAGCUGUGGUCUAGCAAGCAAUGUAGCCCAUCAGACUCUGGUUUCUUUCUCUCUCUACAUGGCGUGGCAGAGGCCGUGACGACGUUUGGAGAGACGACUUUCGUCUUUGCUGGCGUGGUGCAGCUUGACUGACGAAAUAGAGAAGAGGAGUGGAGGGGUGGGCUCAUGAUCUUGUUGUUUGGCGAAGCAGGCUUGUUGAUUGUCUGCCUACCUCUCUGCCUGCCUGUCUGUCUGUACAUACCCGUUAUGUGCGUUUCAUACCCCGCACGGCUCCCAGGAAGUGUUGUGUUCUGAGCUGAUGCUGAGCUGUAUGUCCAUUUAUACGAUACCAAUCUUAAAGGUUAGAACGUACGGCAGUUGUAGUUCGGUUUAGAUGCCCCAUUGCUCGUGUACAUGGGAGCAUCCCUUCUGCAAGAAGUGCUGUCUUGAGUGACAUAACGUGCUACCGGGGGAACUGGGUGGAAGGGGUAUAGACCACCGUACCGAUAUUCCAAUAGUUGUGCAGCCAGGUGGAGGGUGUAGGAAGAGGCUGGUAGCAGCAACCCCUAAUGACUAGCGAGGCAGCCGUUGCAUUGUUUAGUCAUCUCCGUUGGUACUUAUCCGGCAGCUGACAAAUGGAGGGCUGAGUUCGGAAAACCUAUCACGGCCGGACUUCAUCAGACACGAUACCUUGUGUGCUGAGCUUGUGGCUGAGCUGCUAACAUUACAAUAACAAUCUGCGAAGACGGAGCGCCUGCAUUUCCAUUGUGGCCCUACCUAGAGGCUAUGUUAAUCCCUGCCAUGGC